GAGACGGCAGGCCGAUCUGGCGAAAUAUUUCAGUCGCCCCCCUCCUUCAACCUCCAGAUCUGGCCACUCCCACACGCCCAGUCUCCUAAACCCUACACAUCUCCUCUCUCGGCCACGGCAACUGCCAUCGCCAUGGCCGGGAGGCGCCCGGCACCGGCGGCCCUCCUCCUCCUCCUCCUAGCCGCAUCCUUCGCCCCCAUCUCCUCCGCCGUCCGCCCAGUCUCCGACGCGCACAGAUCCGCUGCCGCGGAGCUCUUCGCCCCCUCCGCCGAUGGAUCCUUCGGCGAUUUGGAGAGUACGUAUGAGGCGGUGAGGACUUUCCAGAUACUCGGGUUGGAGAACUAUAAGAGUUUGUCUGGGAAGGCGUGCAAGUUUGCUGCGGAGAACUUGGCUUCCCCCGGUUCCACCGCGAAAGAUCUGUUCCACGCAGUCCGGAUCAGUGGCGCGCUCGGGUGCGGUGUUGAUGCCGGCGUGUACGAUGGUGUUGUGGCAACGCUCAAGGCAGUGAUUAAGGAUACCAAUUCCCUGUUGGAAUUCUACUAUUCUGUGGGAGGUUUGCUUAGCAUCAAGGAACAAGGCCAUAAUGUUGUUCUGUCUGAUGCAGAAAGUACAUUUCAUGCCAUUAAGGCACUUAGCCAAAGCGACGGAAGAUGGCGUUAUGACACUAACAGUGCUGAAUCUAGCACAUUUGCUGCUGGUAUCGCACUAGAAGCAUUGGCGGGCAUUGUUUCACUGGCAGAUGCAGAGAUUGAUUCAUCCAUGAUGGCAGUGGUUAAAAACGACAUCAUGAAGCUUUUUGACACCAUCAAGAGCUAUGAUGAUGGGACCUUCUACUUUGAUGAAAAGCAUGUUGAUGCUACUGAAUACAAGGGUCCUAUAAUGACUUCCGCUUCAGUGGUACGGGGUGUCACCUCAUUUGCAGCUGUUGUUUCUGGAAAAUUGAAUAUCCCUGGUGAGAAAAUACUUGGCCUGGCAAAGUUCUUCCUUGGUAUUGGGCUCCCAGGUAGUGCAAAGGACUGCUUUAAUCAGAUUGAGUCUCUGUCGUUCCUGGAGAACAAUAGGGUCUUUGUUCCUUUGAUACUGUCACUUCCUUCCAAAGUAUUUUCAUUGACUUCGAAAGAUCAGCUUAAGGUUGAAGUUACAACAGUUUUUGGAUCUGCUUCACCUUCACUCAAAGUGAAUCUUGUGCAAGUGUUGGGAUCUGACUCUAAAGUCAUCACCAAUGAGAACAAGGAACUUCAAUAUGACCUUGACAACAAUGUCCAUUACUUGGACAUUGCUCCACUGAAAAUAGAUGUUGGGAAAUACUCAAUAGUUUUUGAGAUUUCACUUCAGGAACCAGAGCAUGAGACAGUUUAUGUUACUGGAGGGAGAAACACCGAAAGUGUCAUUGUCACAGGACUGAUCAAAGUCAACAAGGCAGAAAUAGGAAUCUCUGACAAUGAUGCUGGGACCGUGGAGUCUGUCCAAAAGUUAGAUCUUCUGAAAGAUACAAAAGUGUCUCUUUCUGCAAACCACCUGCAGAAGCUGCGUUUAUCCUUUCAACUAACCACACCGCUCGGGCACACAUUUAAACCUCACCAGGUGUUCUUGAAGUUGAAGCAUGAGAGUAAGGUUGAACACUUAUUUGUGGUACCUGGCUCUGCAAGGCAGUUCAAAAUUGUUCUUGAUUUCCUAGGUUUGGUGGAAAAAUUUUACUACCUUUCUGGAAGAUAUGAUCUUGAGCUUGCCGUUGGUGAUGCUGCAAUGGUAAGCAACCAUAUAAUUUUAUCCUACUACUAUAUAUGGUCCCCAUUUGUUUGCUUUGCUGAUUUUCUUUGUGUUCAGGAAAAUUCAUUUCUACGAUCCCUUGGCCAUUUGGACUUGGACCUACCAGAAGCUCCAGAAAAAGCCCCACGUCCUCCUGCACAAGCUGUUGACCCAUUCUCAAAAUUUGGGCCAAAGGCAGAGAUAGCACAUAUAUUCCGCGCACCAGAGAAGAGGCCACCCAAGGAACUCUCGCUUGCUUUCACGGGUCUCACGCUUCUACCUUUUAUCGGAUUCUUGAUAGGGCUCAUGCGUCUUGGAGUGAACUUGAAGAACUUCCCAUCCUUGCCAGGACCGGCUGCAUUUGCCUCACUUUUCCAUGCUGGAGUAGGAGCAGUCCUGCUGCUCUACGUUCUCUUCUGGCUCAAGUUGGACCUUUUCACAACUCUGAAGUACCUUGGCUUCCUCGUCAUCUUCCUUGUUUUUGUGGGCCAUAGGACCCUAUCCUACCUUUCCUCCGUGUCGACAAAACAGAAGACGGCAUAAUUGGACAAUGCAAACAGAGUUUUCCCGAUCAUCAAUUUUUGAGGUGGCCAUUGCAGGCCGUUGAGUGUCUUUUCGUGGCACUCUGACCGCACCCUAGAUUUUCAUUAGCUACAUGCAUUUUGAGGGAGGACUCGGUUUAUUUCAGUUGCCUUCGAUGAAUACUGAUACUAGGAAAAGUAGGACCUCACCUUCGUGUAUUAUGAUGAUGCACUGACAAUUUCUGAAUAGAAUGGAUGUUUAAUCAUAGAACUCAUAAUAUGAUCACUUGCGUUCGCCCUAAAA